GAAAUGUCUGUCCCAUAGAAUUUUGGAAGGACUUGGUUUUUCUGCAAGAGGUAUGAGCAAUUUCUUACCUGAUACGCUGCGCAAACAAAAGUGCCUAAGUGGAAAGACCGCAAUAGUAACAGGAGCGAGUAGGGGAAUAGGAAGAGAGAUAGCACUAGCGUUUGCUGAAGCUGGUGCAAAUGUUGUUGUUGCUGCAAAAAGUAUUCAAGAUACUCCCAGCCUUCCUGGCACUAUUUAUAGCGUUGCAAAGGAAGUAGAAGCAUGUGGUGUGAAAGCUCUUCCUUGUCAAGUUGAUGUUCGAGAAGAAGUAGCUGUAGAAAAUAUGGUGGAUAAGACUGUACAAGCUUUUGGCUCAAUUGACAUUCUUAUUGCAAAUAGUGGAGCUCUGUGGUGGAAGAACGUUGUGGAUACUCCUAUGAAAAGAUACGACCUUGUACAGGGUGUCAACGCGAGAGGUUCUUUCGCCUGUGUACGAGCAGUUUUGCCGCACAUGAUCAAACAACGUUCAGGUCAUAUUAUUACUAUGUCUCCACCAAUAGACUUGGAACAUAUGGAAGGCAAAGUGGGAUAUCUCAUGAGCAAAUAUGGAAUGACUAUUUUAGCCAUGGGCCUUGCUGAAGAAGUUCGAGAAUUUAAUAUUUCAUCCAAUGCACUAUGGCCUAAGACAAUGAUAGAAAGUUUUGCCACUAUGAAUUUUCAUCUCGGAGAGAGAUGGAUGUGGAGGAAGGCUUCAAUCCUCGCAGACUGUGUGCUUAUGAUGGUGAAUGAGCCUGGUGGACGCUUCAGUGGUCAUGCAGUCAUUGAUGAAGUUUUUAUGAGAGAACGAGGAAUAGAGGACUUUUCCCGUUAUCAAUGCGUGCCAGGAAAAGAGCCACCUCCUGCCUGGCCAGCCUCCAAACUAGGUACCUUUAGGACUCCAAAGAAUGCUUCAGUACCUCCUGGUGUGUACUCUUUGAAUGCGGCAUCUUCUAAUCAUAGUAAACUUUAAGUCAUUUGUGGGACAAGUCCAUAUUAAAGGAUUUUUCAAGUUG